AAUAAUCUAAAUUCCAAACAACACAUAGCAAAAGCAGAACAUUAUCCCAAAAAGAUGAACAACAACGCAGACGCAGAGCAAGAAGAAGAGUUCAGUGAAUGGGUAGUGAUACAAACCUCACCCACAAGCUCAUCAAUCGACGCAUCUAGCCCUCUAAACUCACCGAUAUCACAAGCAAGCCAAGACCAUGAUGAUGAAGAUACUGUUGUUCCCGUCAUAGCAGAGGAAGAUGAUGAAUCCUCCUCCACGGUGAAUCAGUCGUUUCCGUGUUGGGUGAUCGAGACUGCCAAGAAGCGUUUGAAGGACUCAAGAUUUUUCGAGAGGGCGUCUUGUAAUUACGUGAGUAGUACAAGGGUGUUCUGGUCAUUGACCCUCGUUUGUGGUUUCUCCCUUGUCUCGAGCCUUGUUUAUGUUAAGGUCCUGAGAUGGUGGAGACGAUUGCAAGAAGAGAAGCUGAGGUUUCUGCUUCUUCAGCUUAGAGAGAAAGAUCAGAAAAUAAAGGAGCUUAUACUUGAAAUCGGGAGACUGAACGAGUCGCUAUCAUCAAGACGCAGAGUUCGAGUGGUUCGAAUCAUGUGACGAGACCAAUAUAUUUUUGUAGUAGAACAUUGGCUAUUUGUUGUGUGAAGUAUACAGAUUAUGGACAUAUAUAUAUUAAUGUCCAUGUGUAUGUAAGAAUAUAUAUAAAAUCAAAGGAAAAUAGAGUGGAAUACAGUUUAAGUA